UUCUUCUAUAUCUACAAGACCGGGCAAUGACUUUUGCCUUUGUUGACCCGGCGACUGUUUUCACCCUUUUCUUGGGUAUUGCGAGGCAAUACCACAAUAAUGGGGAAGCACAGAGCGCCUUAACCAUUGGUUUAUUUCUCCAUACUUUGUUACCUGUUGAAGUACUGAAUUGCUUGUUUUCCAACGAUAUCUAUUCCCUCUCCUUCUACUCUUGCUUACAAUUUCCAUUCUUGAUUGAUUUACUUGCUUUUUCAGCAGAAAAUCAAUUUUCUGUUAAUGGCUUCCACUUCAACAUCUGGUCGAGGAGAUCAGGAACAAGAUCCAUUUUUGGCACUCGAGCCUCCCAGCAAAAAGAUCAGAUCCUCCUUGACUGCAAAACAGUUUGACGUAUUCAUCAAUCAUCGAGGCCCAGACACCAAAAUUAAUCUGGCUAAGCCGCUCUACGAUUCUCUACAGCAAGCUGGGAUCCAGGCAUAUCUAGAUCAACUAGAGACUGAACCGGGAGAUUAUUUUCAUUGUGCCAUAAAGAAUGCUAUAUUCUCUGCCACAGUGCACAUAGCCAUCUUGUCACCGCAAUAUGCAGAGUCUGCUUGGUGCUUAGCUGAACUAGCUUUGAUGUUCCAAACCAAAGCAAGAAUUAUUCCCCUGUUUUACCAUGUUGAGCCUUCAGAUUUCCGCUAUAUCAAAAAUGGAGUGGCAGAUGCAUUUUCCAAACACGAAGAGAAGGGCAGAUAUCCCCGUCAUGACAUUCAGCAGUGGAAAGAUUGCCUGCAGAACGUUUCAGGGAUCAUGGGCUACGAACUCAAUGGACAUAAUGAUGACCUGAAUAAGCUGUAUGAUGACAUCAAGUCCGCUGUAAUUAAGGAGAAGCAAAAAAGAAAAAUUCCUUUUCAAGUUGCAAAGUAUGAGGUGGGACUUGAUGAGCUUGUGAAAGAUUUCCACAUCCAUUGCCAGAUAAAUGGGAAGAUGAGAGAUAAAAUAAUUGGCAUCUUUGGAAUGGGAGGGUCUGGCAAGACCACUCUCGCCAAAUAUUUGUUCAAUAGCAAACAUUCAGAAUUUAGUAAAUCAACUAUUCUGUUUGAUGUGCGGGAAAACCAUGUCCAAGGUAAGCUGACUUCUCUGCAAAGAGAGCUUCUCAAUGAUCUGGAAGGACAAAAUAAUCAGCACAAUUUUUCUAGUACAGAAGGAGGAAUUGCCUGUAUCAAGGAGUACCUUAAAAAGAGUCGAGAAUCAAAAUUCCUUGUAGUAAUAGACGAUGUUGAUCAGCAGAAGCAAUUAGAUGCCCUAUUACCUACAGAUGCCCUCAAUCCCAACAGUUUGGUGAUUGUGACGACCCGUGAUGAGAGACUUCUUAUACAGGCCGGAGUGACAGUCCGUUAUAAGAUGAAAGUAAUGAAUCCACAGCAUAGCAGAGAGCUCUUCUGCUGGCAUGCGUUUCAUAGGCAAUCUUAUAAAAGUGGAUUUGAUAAUUUGGUAGACAGCUUUGUCGAUGUGUGUGGAGGUUUACCUCUUGCUCUUCAAGUGAUGGGCGGGCAUGUUUUUGGCAGUGACAAAGUUUAUUGGAAGUUACAAUUAGAUGUUGUUAAGGAAAGACCACACAAAGACAUAAAAGACACUCUUAAAAUAAGCUAUGAUUCUCUGGAAGAGGAUCAAAAACAAAUAUUCAUGGAUAUAGCAUGCUUUUUCAUAGGGGAAAGCGUGAGCAAGUCCAUGAGUAUAUGGAAGGCUUCAGGGUGGAGAGCCGAACAUGCAAUUCAGACCCUCAAGGACAAAUGCCUUGUAGAAGUGCAAACUUGUUUUGAUGGCAUACACGCUUUUCAUAAGAGAUGCAAGUAUGAGCCAGGCUUUGUUUGGAGAAUGCAUGACCACCUCCGCGACUUGGGGAGAGAUAUGGCAGAUUAUGAAACGAGCCAUCCUCGCCGGCUCUGGCGUCCUGAAGAUCGUAUUGUUGAUAUGAGACAAAUCGAGAGAUUCCAAGACACCCUCGCUGGCUCCGAAGGAAACAGUGUCAGAUGUUACAGUGUCACGGCCGACACUAGAUCUCGCUGGCUCGAAAGGAAAUAUAAUCUGGCCGACAUUGAAAGUGAAGUUUAUGCGGGUUAUUUCAUGGAGAUUUCAAAGACAUCAACUUAUGUAAAAUGGCUUUCACUUGGCUCUACUUACGGUGGUGAUAAAUGGAUUCCUGAAUAUAUUCCUCGACAAAAUUUGCACUCCUUGGAACUUUUUGGAUUAUCACCUGCGAGAUUGUGGCAAAGGGAUGACCAGGUCCUAGUGAAGUUGAAAGAGCUAUCUUGCAGCUUUGACAUUGUCUGUACUACAGACGUCAAUGAUGAUAUGCUUAACGAACUGGUGAGUUCGUUUGGAAAGUUCAAAAAUCUGGAAAGUCUGCACCUAGUAUUUCAAAAUUUCAUAUGUUUUUCCUCAAAAUUGAAUAUUGAAUGGAAUUGGUUGCUAAAAUCUGUAAGAGAGCUUACCAAUCUAAAAGCUUUAAAGUUGGAAGGGUUUGAGGUAGAAGGGGAAAUUGCUUUAAGCAACACGGGAGAGACAACUGAUGAUCGGUUUCGUAUGAGAAGCCUUGAAGCCCUGUCUCUUUGUGAUGUACGUAACACAAGGAAGAUCUCAAUUAGCAGGCAGUUGUGUCCCAAGCUUAAAUCUCUUAAGCUUUGUUCUAUGACACAUCUAACUGAAGUGGAUUUAACAGGGGUAACCACACCGGAAUCUCUGGUGCUAUUGAAAUGUAUACAGUUGAAAAGAGUGUUGAGCAAUUAUAUGCCAGAACUUGAAAUGUUCCGCAUAAAAAGAUGUCCGGCUAUGAAAGAGCUGCCAAAUUUUGGGCGUGUUAGUUGUCUGCAGAGGAUUUAUAUUAGCCACUGUCAGAAGCUGCAGGAUAUAUCAGCUAUUGAAAGAUUGAAGGGAUUGAAGAGGAUCUGGAUUGCUUAUUGUCCAGAGCUGAAGAGUAUAAAAGCUAUUGAACAAUUGAAGGGAUUGAAGAGAAUCUGGAUUCAGGAAUGUACACAGCUGCAGGGUAUAAUUUGUCUUAAAGAAUUGAAGGAGUUGAAGAGAAUCUUCAUUGGGCAGUGUGACAGGCUGCAGGAUAUACAAGGCAUUGAAUAUUUAAAUCGCCUGGAGAGCAUUAUCAUUACUGAAUGUCCGAAGCUGCAGAAUAUAAGGGGUAUUGAAGAAUUGAAAGGAGUGAACUUGAAGGAGAUGAUCAUUGCAGUCGGUCCUAUAAUAAGUUUCGUUCAAAGGUUGCAGAGAUUGCCGUCCGAGCUUACAAUGCUAGUGGGGAGAGCGGCGUUUACAUGUCCAGAUAAAUGGAAAGAGCUCAUGUCAGAUUUAGAUAAAAUUGCAUACGUAUUGCCUGUGGAGACUGGUUUCUAUUGUUUCUCGAAUAUUGAGAAUAAAGUAAAGGAGAUGAUGGAUUUGUUUCAUAAAAAGCAACGUUCGCUCAGUAAAUUGAUCUUCUGCGCUAUGGUUUACGGAAGCAAUAUUUGCCGUUACAUAGGGAUGGAUAUUUGUAUCGGGACCAGGAUCAAGCUUAAGAGAUCCAUUGGCCUAAGCCCUGCAUCUGCCUCUUCUGGUUAUCAUGAAUCCACGAUAUAUACGUGCGUAGUUAAUGAGGGCUGGCUCUCAAAACGAGAGUCCUGGCUGCCAUCAAGAGGUCAUAUAAGGAAGUUGUUUAUAAUGGGAGUGGAGGCAGGCGAAGAAAGGAAAACCCUGCCCAUAUUGCAGACCAUAUUUGCUCAACAAUGCGUUGACAGUAUUCAUUAUUCUGAAGAUCGGCCUUUUGACCCUGGUUAUAAGAAGUAUUUUCACUCCCUUUUUAAUAAUAAUUAUCCUCCGCGCCAGGGUGUUGAUAUGGAUUAUGAAGAUUUGGCUGAGUAUGUUGAUGACGAUGAAAAAUAUGAUGGUGGUGACGAUGAUUGAAAAUGUUAAUGUAAGUUACUUCUUGUUAAAAAUUGUGUUGUUGCAAAAUGUUAGUCCCUGCUGAGACUAAUGUUUUCACUUUACAGUAAUAAUUAAUUCUGUUUUGAAUAUAAUAUCAAACAAAAUAUAAUGUUUAUUU